UGCUUAGUGUUGUUAUGUGCAGCUCAUAAUGUGCUCCGACGAGGAACAGACGACUGAAACAGUUUAUUCAUCCAAAUUCCUAUGCAUCUCUCGAGUGACAGUUUCUGUUCAGUUUUUACCUGCUUAUUGGUUGGUCACUUUCUAUCGAAGGAACGUUGAACGUAAAGGUAGUUUCUUGUUAGUAAAACGAUGUCUCGCUGGCGUUAAGCUAUUUCUCCUCUCAGUUUGAAAAGCUAACGUUAGCUACCACCAGCAUCGACCCGAAGCCCCUCUCUGCAACAUUUCCCAUCACUAGCAACCAGCAAUGCAGAAGACAUGACGAUAAAGCAGACACCCUCAUCCACCUGUCAGUGAACGUGUCCAACAAUUAUCUCCUCUGUGUUGAUCGUUCAUCUUGACGAAAUGAAUUUCUUGCGUAAUCGUCUUGUUGUUCUGGGCCUGGUGUUGUUGGCCACGGUACUGCUGUACCUGCUGCUGCCAUCCAUUCGCCAGGGCAGCAUGGAGCCGUCCCUAGAAGCUCAAAGAAUGGGGCUGAUGGCCACCCCUCCUCUACCGCUUCCAACCAUCAAUGUGUCUAUUCGCACCGGACAGCUACCUGGGGAUCCUCCACUGUUCUUCAGAGAAGCUUUACCCAUUGAUGGAGCUGGACGUCAAAUAUUGCCAAGGUUGCAAGUGGUCCUUCUGCAUGGCCAGGCCUUCACGUCCAAAACCUGGGAAGAGCUCGGUACGAUGGCCCUGCUGGCAACUAAUGGAUAUCAGGCCUUAGCGAUGGACCUUCCAGGGUAUGGAAAAUCACCGGACUCGGGGUCUUUGAAGACUGAUCAGAAUCGAGUGGACCUCCUUUCAAGGUUCAUGGAGUCUUUGGGUGUCAGGGCAGCUGUGCUCUUAAGCCCCUCCAUGAGUGGACAUUACUCCAUCCCCUUCCUCAUGAAGAACAGCGCUCAGCUGCAAGGCUUCGUUUCCAUAGCACCAGUCGGUACCCGGAGUUACACUCCACAGCAGUACCAAGAUAUUCAGAUUCCCACUCUAAUUGUGUUUGGAUCCCUCGACACAAAUCUGGGUGCCCAGUCCCACAAGAACCUCAUACAACUUCCACAUCACUUUGUACUUAAGUUAGAAGGAGCUCGCCAUGCCUGCUACAUGGACAAACCCAGAGAAUUUCACCAAGGCUUGAUCGAUUUCCUCAGCAAACUGAAGUGAGAUUUGUGGCAUAGCAAGAGGAAAAGAAAGAUGGAAACAAUAGAAAGAAGAGAAAAUAGUCAGAGGAACACAAGUCCCCCCAUCAAUGGUUUAGUGUGGUGACAAUUUUGCUAAAAUGUUCUAAGAUCUACAUUAUUCUUAUGUUAUCAUAAUCACCGCAAAGAACAUUGGCAUGGGAGUAGGUUUUUAAUACACGGAACAUGGCAUGUAAAGCAUUGUAGUGACAUUUACAAUAUAGUUCCAUUAUAAAAGUAUUUAUUUAUACAUUUUCAAUAGUGUCACCCAAAAAUACUAGUUCAACUCAGCAUGUUGUAAAAUAGCUUCAGAUUUGUAUAGUGGUGAGUUUUGUUUUAUGUCUUUCUUUGCUUGUAAAAACAUGGAAUGUGUUUGCUUCACAGUUACCAUUUGUGUAGGUGACAUGUAGGUUGCUGUAAAUAUGCAAAUGUAGCAGGUGCCUGUGUUGGAAUAGCUUCUAUUAACUUCACAUUUGACAAACCGAUUUGUAUAUUAAGAUCUGGUAACCAUUCCAGUUUCCAAGAAAACAUUUGCUCAACAAAAGCAAACAGAAUUGAUACACACUGUAAUAAAAUAAAAUGUAGAAUAUGGACUAUAUGAAAUAAAAAUAUAAUUAGUAUGUAAAAUAAAUAAAGUUAUAUGUACUAUAUUUGCAAUUAGUUUGGACAAUCAUGCAAAAAACUAACUUAGAAUAAGAGAUGUGCAUAGCUUAAAAUAAAAACUAAAUUUGUGUGUUUUGUAUCUUUCAGUUGAGGUUAUGUUGAUGCAUUUACAUAACCAGUUUAUACCACUGGCUUUUCCUUGGAGCGUUUUCUCACUUUGCAGCAUUUUCCUUAAAUGCUUUUUUUGUUUUGGUAGUUUUCUUAUAUUUGUUUGUGUUUUAUCUAUUUGCUGCUUAUGUUUUUCUAAAGUUACAGUGCAUUGAACUCUCAGGACCACUGUAUAUUUUACUCUUUAGAAGGCAAUUUAUGAAGAAAAUACCUAUUUAGAAAGGAAACCGAGCAAAGGAGGGAAGGUAAUGACAAAAAGCAAGUCACAAUUACUUGCUUGCAAAACCGUCGCACUCGCACACCUCGACAUUCAAGAACUUGUCGUUGCAGCAGGGGCCAGCAGUGGGCGUGUCGUGUUGGUAAAUUGGCAAUGGCUCUUUAUGCUCCUCAAAGCAGCAUGGCUAGCUCCCAUUAACAGUCCAUGCUCGCUCCACGUUGCACACUUGCAGGAAG